AUUGUGAGAAGUCAAGUUAGUAACUUAUCAGGCGAGUAACUUAACAGUUUGUACCAUAUCAGACCACUACGAGCCUUAAGUAUAAGCUCUAUUACAAUGUCAUGUGAUUUGUUUGGAGGUCUUUUUCUUAUUGUUGCUGUCGUGCAAAGCGCCGUCGGACUACAACCAAAAGAAGUUUGUCUGUUACAAGUUGAAGAAGGAACGUGCAAUGACGACAUCCAGCGUUAUUACUACAAUACAAUCACUCAACAGUGUGAAGAAUUCAGCUAUAGCGGUUGUGAGGGAAACGCAAACAACUUCAAGUCCUUUUUGGAAUGUCAGAAAACAUGCUUCAGGAUUCCAAAAAUCCCCCAGAUCUGUCGUUUUCAAAAGAAAGAGGGGCCCUGUCGGGGCCUCUUCAAGCGUUAUUUCUUCAAUAUGACCUCCAUGCAGUGUGAACCCUUCACUUAUGGUGGUUGCCAAGGGAAUGAAAACCAAUUUCAAAACCUUCAGGAAUGUAUUGAAUAUUGCAGACCUUCUAAAACAAUCCCUGUGAUUUGCAAUGAUAUUUUGGACAAAGGAAAGUGCUUAGCUUCCAUCCCAAGAUAUUACUACAACUCUGCUACAAAGACAUGCGAGGAGUUCAUAUACACGGGAUGCGGAGGAAGCAACAAUAACUUCAUCUCUAAACAAAGCUGUAUGGAUGUUUGUGCUAAAAAUGGUAGCAAACGUUGGAGUCCUAAUAAAAAGUCUGUAAGAGUUUCCAAACAAUACCUAAAACGAGUAAAGUCCCAGCCACCAAAGGAGAAGUCGGCCAAAUAAUGGUUUAUGAAGUCAUUGGCUCUGUAUUACUGACAAACACCUUUGCACUGAUUUUACAGUAUUGGGAUUAAAGGCAGCAGUUCAUACACGUCUCACUCCGUGUAUAUAUGACAUUGAUUGUUUUUUAAAAGACCUUUUUUAUAAAAGUUUGUUUUAUAUUUUCAUGUAUUCUUAUGUUAGACUUUUUUUUACUACAUUUAAUUAUUUGUAUUAUUAAAUACAUUAUUUUAUAAAAUAUUAACACUGUUUAAGUGAUAAAGCGAUUAACGUUUAAUUGACAGUAUUUAACAAAAUUACUUCUGUAGUCUUUGUUUAUACCCAGUAUAUUUAAUUGAAUGUUGUUUUGUCAUGUCAAGAUCAUGUUUAAUUCAGACUGAUGGCAGAUUUCAUCUCAAGUCUAGCAUAUGACAGUGAUUUAAAAAACCUAGUGACACUUAAGCUAAGAAACACUAGAACGUCAUGAUCUGCUGAGUCAAAAAUAGCAGGUUACAAAAUUAUUAACCAUUAAAGUGAGAAAUGACAUUUAUUCAACCUUUUUAUUUGUAAUGUUUUAUUUUAUAUCAAUGUAUAUAAUAUAAAAUAUAUUGUCUCAUGCCUUGGAUGGCACUCGAUAUCAAAACCUGAAAAAAUAAAUAAAUAAACACUGAAUACAAGCAU